AUGGCCUCGCCAGCAAACCCCAUCUUCGCUACACGCACCACAGUCUCUUCUCUUCUCGCCCCUCCUCUCCUCUUGUCCACACACCGAAAAGAUGGGCAAGACCGACAACAGAUUCAACUGGUUCUCAGCGUCGGCAGGUGGAUCCCCGGGGUCGUCCGGAUCGUGGCGCCGUUGCCCAUGCUCUCCGGGGCGUCGACGUCCUCCACUUCGCCCGGGCCCACGGUCAAGGAGGUGGUCAUCUCUGACGACAAUGAGGAGCAGCAACGGCCGCGCGGACAGAGGACCGUCCCUUUCGUGAUUAUUACGCGGGAAAAGAGUGUUCUUGGGAUUAUCCUCGGUGGUGGCGCCGGGACAAGGCUGUACCCACUGACCAAGAAGAGGGCCAAGCCUGCGGUGCCGCUGGGUGCUAACUACAGGCUCAUUGAUAUCCCGGUCAGCAACUGCCUCAACAGCAAUGUGUCCAAGAUCUAUGUGCUGACGCAGUUCAACUCUGCGUCGCUCAACCGCCACCUCUCGAGGGCCUACGGGAACAACAUUGGUGGAUACAAGAAUGAUGGCUUUGUCGAAGUUCUCGCUGCGCAGCAGAGCCCGGAGAAUCCUAACUGGUUUCAGGGUACCGCAGAUGCCGUGCGGCAGUACUUAUGGCUGUUUGAGGAACAUAAUGUUAUGGAGUUCCUUAUUCUGGCUGGAGAUCACCUGUACCGUAUGGACUACCAAAAAUUCAUUCAAGCACACAGAGAAACAGAUGCUGAUAUUACUGUGGCUGCCCUGCCAAUGGAUGAGGAGCGCGCAACUGCAUUUGGCCUGAUGAAAAUUGACGAUGAAGGGAGAAUUGUUGAGUUUUCAGAAAAACCAAAAGGAGAGAAGUUGAAGGCAAUGAUGGUUGACACCACCAUACUGGGCCUUGAUUCUGAGAGGGCCAAGGAAUUACCUUAUAUUGCUAGCAUGGGAAUCUAUGUUUUUAGCAAAGAUGCGAUGCUUCAGCUUCUUCGUGACAAUUUUCCUUCAGCAAAUGACUUUGGAAGUGAGGUUAUUCCUGGUGCAACAGAAAUUGGAAUGAGGGUGCAAGCUUACCUAUAUGAUGGUUACUGGGAAGAUAUUGGGACUAUUGAGGCAUUUUACAAUGCAAACUUGGGAAUAACCAAGAAGCCAGUACCAGAUUUUAGUUUCUAUGACCGUUCUGCCCCAAUUUAUACACAAUCUCGAUACUUGCCUCCUUCGAAGGUUCUUAACGCUGAUGUGACAGACAGUGUUAUCGGUGAAGGUUGCGUCAUUAAUACGGAAAAUGACAAGAAAGUCCUUUCUGAAAGUGGCGGCAUUCCCAUCGGUAUUGGAAAAAAUGCACACAUCAGAAAAGCAAUAAUCGACAAAAAUGCUCGAAUCGGAGAAAAUGUGAAGAUAAUCAAUGUUGAUGAUAUCCAAGAAGCUUCAAGGGAGAGUGAUGGAUACUUCAUCAAAAGCGGCAUUGUCACGGUGAUCAAGGACGCCUUAAUUCCUAGCGGGACAGUCAUAUAG